UGUUGAACUAGUGGCGCUCUCUCUAUGAAAGGAUAUGUACAAAUGUCAUCUAGGAAAAUAGAAACGUUGCAUAGCUGUUAUGCGGUGAAAAUGAAUAAAAACUGAAAUAAUCACGUAAUUACGAAAAAGUGUUGUGCAUUGUACCAAGAUAAAUUUCUCAUAAUAGUUUAAGGGACUGAUACGCAGAAAUACAUAUAUUGGCUUUAGUGGUGCUUCGGAUGUUACGCAUAUUUUAAGAUGUAGGCUUCUAUGCUGCAAUGUGAUUGAUCAAUCAUGACAUAAACUAGGGUUUAUCUGCUUGAUUGGAAUAAAAUAUUAUGACGUUGAGAAAAUGUUCGAUUGUUUGGACCACAUAGCCAAUAGCAGUACCUGUUAAAGAACCAUCCUGGAGUAAUCACUGUUGUUUAUGAUGUGAUUAUGGUCUUUUACUUUCAUUUUUAACUUUGAGCUGUCCACCUGCCUGAAAGGCAGUAAAUCCAAAACGAAAUUGUACUAGUUCUUGUAUUCAUUUGUUGUUUUAUUAAAAUACUGUUGUGACAUCUGCUAUCAUAACAUAGUAUUUUAUUUUACUAGACAAAAGCAACCAUAUGUCAGUACGUCAUAUUUGCUACUCUUACAAAUAGUCACUAAUAUAGUCAUGACACCAUAAGGAAAAAGUUCAAAGGACUAGCAGAGGAGGUAUGAGUUGCUCUGUAGAACUGAAGCAACGUAGACAACAAGGGAUGGCGGAGGAUCCCCAUAGACUUGCAGCUAUGAUGAAUAAGUCUCAAAGACUUGUUUUAGGCCUGUUGGUUCUCCUCUUAGUGGAUAUCAUUUGGGUCUCCAGUUCUGAACUCACCAAAUAUAUUUAUCGACAAGCAGCAUUUGAAAAGCCAUUUUUCAGUACCUACAUAAAAACGUCCAUGUUCACAUUAUACUUGCUGGGUUUGUGCUUUUGGCCUCCAUGGAAAGAUCAAUGCAAUAAACCAGCGACGUACAUGUUCAUAGAUCCAAAUGUAGAAGAUGACAAUUUUUAUUCAGAGGGCAAUACGAGUCUGAGCGACCCCACGUUUGUUCCACUUAAAACACUGGAUCACUGCGAUCGCUCAUCUGGCACAGAAAGCGAUGAUUCUUCGAUUCGUUCUGUGAGGUUCAGCAAAUUAGCAGAAGUUCGCCAUAUGUCUGAAAGCGAUGCCACUGAAGCUCUUUUAGCUAGACUGAGUUAUGAAGCGAGUGUGACAGCUGGUGAACAUGCUAAAAGACAGGCAAAUAAAUUUUCUGUACAAAAAGUUGCAAAAAUUGCAUUAAUGUUUUGUUUGUUGUGGUUUCUGGCAAAUUAUACCUAUCAAACAUCAUUAGCACAGACUGAGACAGGAAUAGUGACAGUAUUGUCUUCAACAUCUAGUUUAUUCACAUUGUUCCUUGCUGCAUUUUUUCCUAGUAAUGGAGGAGACAAAUUUACAUUGUCUAAAUUCGUGGCUGUUUCUAUUAGCAUUUUUGGGAUUGUACUAGUUGGUCUUUCGGAUUUAGCAAUAGAAACGGGUAGUAAGAUACCAACAGGGGUAAUAUUAGCUCUAGUCAGUGCAUUUUUCUACGCUGCGUACUUAGUAUUUUUAAAAAGAAAAGUAGAUCAUGAAGAUAAAAUGGACAUUCCAAUGUUCUUUGGAUUUGUGGGACUUUUUAAUCUCACCCUUUUGUGGCCUUUAUUCUUUAUACUUCACUAUGGGCACUGGGAGGAAUUUGAAUGGCCGAAUAGUCACCAAUGGACUUUUUUAAUUAUUAAUGGACUGAUUGGCACUGUUUUAAGUGAAGUUCUCUGGCUAUGGGGUUGCUUUCUAACGUCGUCCCUCAUAGCAACAUUGGCUGUUAGCUUAACAAUGCCAAUGUCAAUGAUAGCAGAUGUUUUAUUGGAAAAAGUUGAAUACCCGUGUAUUUUUUAUUUUGGAACCGUCCCCAUGCUUUUGGCUUUUCUUACUGUAUCUUUAUUGUCAUAUUACGACAACUGGGAUCCGGUAAUGGACUUAGUGAAGAGACUUUAUGUUUGGAUUUGUCGCAGGAGUAGAUCAAUGAGAGAUUUCAUUUUCAGGAUACCAGAUUUAGAAGCCGAACAAACUGAAUCACUCAUCGGCAUAAAUAGUGGAGAGCAUGAAGCCUAACCCGACAAUAAUGUUAGAUUUACGUGAUACUUGUAUUUCAUGGACUUUUACAGUAGAGGAUACUGCUACUGUCAGCGUAUGGUAUUAUAGUACAUUAAUGGAGAGUUUAUAUUUAAAUUACGAUAUAUUAUUACUUUGAUACACUUCAAAAAAACUUGAGGUUGGGAGACUAAUUUCUGAACGGUAUACAUUGUAUUAUUUGCUGUAGGUUAGACUUCGCUUUCAGUGAGAAUAGAAGCAUAUUCCUUCAUGGAUAGGCAUUCUAUUCUGUUGGUAGAAUUAUUCAAAGAAGUCAUUAUAUGUAUUCAAAAAUACUUUGCUUUAUUAUUGAAAAGUAAUUGUUUUAAAAUUGCUUAAGUAAUUGAUUUUAAAGAUACACAACAAAUGCGUUUCAUUACAGCUUUUGUGAAACAUUUGCCAUAAUACUGCCAGACAAUAAUGAUUGCUAUCCUUGAAAAGCUAUACGGGCAACUUUAUCUAUCCAAGUAAUAAUAUUUUUCAUUAAUUUCUAAUUUGAAGAAAAGCAUAUCACGAUUAUUUACCAAAAUUGUAGUAACUUCCUUAGUAUAAAAAUACUUGGGUCACCGUAAAUAGUAUUGCAAAGAUUCUAUAUGUGCCAUACACAAAAGUCUUUGUCUGAAAGUAUAUGAAAGUUGUGGACACCAGAUUUGUGAAAAUCUGUGAUGCAUAGGAUAUUCGAUAUCAAAAGAUAGUGGAUUAUUGUAGUGAAACUACUUUUUCCCACCGGAUGUGAUAGUUUUCAAUGGUGAAUUGAAUACAAUUAAAUACUUUGUAUUGCAGCAAUAUGCUGGCACAAGUGAUAUGCUGUUACAAAAUCACUCUCAUCAUUUUAUUCAGCUAUAUUGCAUUGCAUUGUAUAUUGAUGUUUGCAUCACUAUAGAAGACAAAGAGAGAAAAGAGUUUGGUGUGAGCAAUAGGUUUUUUCAAUUGAGCUUCACUAAAACUCAGUAUCGUGUAUAAAGCAUAAAGAGAUAUAAAUAUGUUUGUGAUAUUAUAUUCAUUGUAUAGAUUAUAUAUUGCUGCAUUUCCUAUACUUUGCAUAAACUUUGACUUUCUUAGUUCCUUAUAUUUUAUUUGAACUUUGCAUUCCUUAUUAGAUAUGGCUAUGUUACCUAUGUUACAGUGUUGCGUCCAUAGUCAAAUAAUUUGACAUGAACGUACGGAAUAAGCGGGAAUAUCUUGUUUUUAAGAUAUUCCUAGCGUAUUCUUAACUGUAUGAAGAAUGGCAAUUUGAUGAAGUUUCAUUAAAUUAUUUAUAAAGCUUCUGUUUAAGUACCAUUGUUAUUCUUUAAUUGAAUCCGCAUAUCAGUGUACAUUAUAUUGGUAAUUAUAGUACGAUAUCGUUUCAUUACGUUUAAACUAAAUUCUGUUGAUUAUAUAAUUGAUUUGAUGUAUCAUAGUUUGCUUCUGCAUAUUACUUAAAAAACAGAAUUAGGCCAUACAUAUUGUGUUUGCGUCGUAUCUGCUUGGAAUUUAUUUACUUGCGUAAUUUAAAUUUCUACUGAUAUUCAAUUUGACAGUAAAUGAAGACUAAAUGAACGUUGCUAAUAGUUAUAUUUUAUUAUACGAAGUAACAUUUAUUUUUCAAAGAUUAAAAAUUUAUGCUAUGUAAUUCUAUGCAAUUAUGUGUUAUAUGAAAGUUCAACAGAUGCAUUACAUUCUUAUACGUUUUUGUUUCGACUUUGGCAAGUUAGCCAAAUGUUUUGAACUAGACCUUAACUAGUUUUAAGACACUGUCAGUGAGAUAUUUCGAUAGCUUUACAUCUGUCGAGGAACAAUAAAAGAAAUGGUUACACUCUGGACCAAUUAAAAUUAACGUCUUUCGAGGAUUGGCUGGAUUAUAAAAUAAAAAGGAGAGAACGAUGUGAUCUGCAAUUUUGCUACAGAUAGGGAGAUGAGAGGGUACUAUUUGAUGUAGUUUUUCAAAAUUUUACGGAGACAACAAAGAGAAAAAUUAACCCUUUUUAUACUUGGACAUUCUCUAUCCACAUAUAAUGUGGGAACUAAUAUUUUGAUCUGGAUGAGAAAAAUAUGGACCCAUAAAAUUCCAUAAUGUUGAGCAUUUCAACAGAAUCAUGUCCAUCGGUUAAUGCGCACAAUGUUAUCGUUUAUAUUUCCAAUAUGUUAGUGAAACGUUAUUACGCUAUAUGCAAAAUACAAGUCUUUUUUGUACUUCGUUCCAUUAUAGUAUUGAAUAUACUUCAAAAAUCCCGAAAAAUAGCUUAAUAUUAUGAUACAACAAUUAUGAGGCGCAAAUAAAGGCUAUAAAUAAACACAUCAUUAUAAGCCAAUAAAAAGAGAAGUAAUACUGUUAUGCAGACUAUACAUAUAUAGCUGACUGUUCCUGUAUGUAAUAUCGCUGUAUAUUUUAAUGUAAAUAUUACAUUGUACUAUUAAGAAUAAAAUUAUAUAUACAUAUUAUAUGAAAUA